AUGGCUGAGGCCAUGCAGUCAGUAGCACGGCCAGUGCCCUUAGGAGAAGUGUCCCUCAAGCCAGAAGGAGUGCCACGCAAUUGCCCAAGUGAUGGCAGUGAGUCCUUCCGCAGCUGCGAUAGCAGUCCCAGCAGCACCAGCUCUCCCAGCACUCCGGCAGAAGAGAGCGCUUCUGAGGAGCCUUCAGACAUUACUCAGACCAAGCCAGUGAUUUCAGAGCAGGAGUUGCAGGCAGUGCUUGCUGAGUUGGAUCGCACGUGGGGUGAUUGCUGCGGCCUCUACGUGCACGGCUCGACGAUCUUUGCCAACCAGCCACCUCACGACCUGGACUUGAUUGCCGUUGUUGAUCACGCAAAGCAGGAAGUGCCGCAGGAUUCACCAGACUCACAGUUCACCUUGGGGCGUUGUGAGGUGUCUGUGUAUGAGCGUAGGACUUUUCUUGAGAAGCUUGAAGCCAUGGACUUGACCAUGCUGACCUGCCUCUCAACCCCAAAGCGCUUUGUGCUGAAAGAGCUCCAAGACGCGAGACUUCGCGAUUUCAAGCUGGACCUGGCCGUGCUGGAAGAGUCUGUUGUUUCGUAUGCAGAAUACACAUGGAUGAAGGCGCAGCGUGUCUUGAAUGAAUGGAAGGACCCCUACAAGUCGAGCAAGAACGCGUACUUCGUAUUUCGAGUGCUGGAGUUUGGUUGUCAGCUUGCUGACCACGGUCGCAUUGUGAAUCUCAAGGCCGCCAACCACAAGUGGGACGUGAUCAGGCAGCUCUACCAGACCCUGAACAUCCAGCCAGGGGAGGAGGAUGUCAUCGAGGCCAUUCUCGGCCGCCACUUCAAAGCUGCUGUUGCAGACUUUCAGGGAAAGGUGGCGACAGCUCGUGGUCGCACCCCAGCCUCAGUCCCUCAGCCAGCCCAAAAUUGGGAGACUUGUGUCAUUUGCCUGGAACCUGUUCGUGGCUCCGCGUGUCAGAAGCGAUUAGAACUGGAGCAGCUCCUAACGACCCCAAGCGAUGCCAAUGUGGCAGAGACAUGGGUCCAGCUGGUGAACUGUCGGCAUUGCUUCCACACUGCCUGCAUUGCUGAUGCUGUCCGGGCCAGCCGGAAGGCUGAUCGCUCACUACGACACGCCGCAUGCUCUGUUUGCAGGGCCUCCGUGGUUGUUACGUUGAGCGAACAGCGCAGGAGGAAGCGGCGCAUGUCCUUUGCUGGCUACCCAGCCACGAUCCGGCAUCCAACCAGGAAUCGGGGCGCUGAUCGUGGCGCCGAUCGUGGCGCCGAUCGUGGUGCUGAUCGUGGCGCUGGUGGCCGUCGCUAUGAGGAUCGGCAAAACGAGGAUCGCCGCAACGAGGAUGAUCGUGAUGUGAAUCAUCGGGAUCGUCGCUAUGAGGAUGCUCGCCAUGAGGAUCGUCGCUACAGGGAUCGCAACCAAUGA